ACAAAUACUCCCUCCGUCCAUAAAAGAACUUCCCAGUUUGACCGGGCAUGCAUAUUAAUGUGUGAUAAAAUUUACUUUGACUUUCCUAUUACACCUCUGUCCACUCCCCUGCAACUUUAGAUCUACAGUUAGCCAACUCUAAUUGCCAACUCCACCACCGGCAAUUCUUCGCCACCGCCGACAACUCUCCAACAUCGCCGCCGCCAACUUUCCGGCACCACCGGAUGACCUCUCUGAUUCUUCUUGCCGCCAUCCCCUCCGUAAUCCCCCUCCCUCGUAGAUCUGUUCUAGAUCUGUUUAGUAUUCGAGUUUUGACGGAGAGAGGCGAGGCUAGGUGUAAUGGAGAUUUUGUAGAUCUAUGGAAUCGAUGGCGGCUAUGUCGGAAGAGGAGCAGAUCUGACCGUUGGGCACCUCCGACCACCGCCUCACUAUUUCGCUGCUCGUACGUGAUGGGACAAAUCCGAAGGGGGGGGAUGAAAGAAGAAGAAAAGAGAAAAGAACAAAGAAGAAGAAAAAAGAGAAGAAGAGAAAGAUGAAGAAAAGAAUAUAACGAGGAACUGAAGAAAAAGAACAGAGAGAAAAAAGUUGUAGAGGGAGUGGGUGGAUCAAAAGCGAAAGGAAGAAAGAAAAAAAGAGAAGAAAAGAAGAGAGAGAGGAUGUGUGGACCGUGGAUCGAGAGAGGAUUAGAGGAAGAAGAAAAAAGAUAGGGAGUAAGAAAGAGAGUAGGAGAAUUUGGAGCACACUUAAAUAGACUUCUUGGUGUACUCCUGUUACUUUUGAAUUUUCAAACCAUUUUUUUCACCUACCAGUACUGCACCAAGACCAAACCCCAAAUUCACAGGAGGGAGCUAGAGAGUGAAGGAGGAACUGAGGACGACAAUGGCGGAAUCGUAUCUUCUUCCCUUUCUCGCAGUGAUUUUAGUGCUUCUGACACCCAUCUCUCAAGCAAGAUCUAAUUCAAUCCUUCAUCGGCCGCAGCCUGCUCCUCUUUCCUUCGCCGUCAAUUCCACCGCCCACAACCACCAGAAUGGUGCCUGCUCUUUCACUGUGGAUAUCAGGACAAGCUGCUAUUCCACCUCUCUCACCACAGACCAAAUCAGUCUUUCUUUUGGGGAUGCUUACGGAAAUCAGGUAUAUGCACCAAGGCUAGAUGACCCAUAUUCAAGGACUUUCGAGCGCUGCUCAACCGAUACAUUCGAGAUAUACGGUCCAUGCACGUACCAGAUAUGCUACCUGUACUUGUACAGGAGCGGGUACGACGGGUGGAUACCGAUUGACGUUACCGUCCGCGGGUAUUACACAUAUCCCGUCACGUUCUACUACAACGUGCCUAUUCCCGGAGAUGUUUGGUACGGGUUUAACAAAUGUUCGCGCGCCGCCAGAGGGUAUUCCAAGUGGGGAUGGAGUGUGGUCACCGCGUUUGGCUCAGCGUUGUAUGCACUGGCUGGUCUGGGCAGUGACUAGUUUUGGAGUAAAUAGGUUGAGGUUUUAUAGGGCUGUUUCUUUCCAGGAAUAAAGGGUAUCCCAUGUUUGGAUUGAUGAUGAUGGAAUAAUGAGGAGUAAAAACCAGCCUGGGGAAUGUCUAGUUUGUGAACUACUAGAUUUUAUCAUGCACUCUUGUAUUAUUGUUGU